AUGGCCUCCGACCUCCACGACACGAUAAACAAGCAGGUGUUCAAACUCAGCAAGCUCAAGACCCACAGCGUUACGCUCUACCCUUCCCGCGCAGCGGUGGUCCGCGACAUUGAGAAUGUCAAAAUCAAGCCUGGCCGCAAUGAAAUCUCAAUCAUAGGCAUCAGCAGCAAGGUGGACGAAAACACCAUCAAAGUCGAAGGGCACGGCACCCGCGGGCUGAUCACCGACAUUGUGGUGGAAAAAGUUGCCUAUUCGAUCUACGCCGAGUUCGACGAGGAGCAGUUUGAGGAGGAGAAGGACCCGGUGUCUGAGCAGCUGAAGGAGGAGAUUGCCGAGCUGGACGGAAAGCUCGAGGAUGUGCAGGAGAAGCUAAAGUCGUGCACGAGCCGGCUUGCCUUCAUGGACCAGCACGCGACGAACAUGAGCACGCUGAGCCAGCUGACCAGCUCGAUGGCGGACAACCUGAAGGUGUACGCCGAGUUCCGUGAGAACAUCUACUUAGAAUACAAGGCUGCGCAGGCUAUGAGCAAGGAGUUGAAGAAGCAGCACGACCGGAAGACUCUCGAUCACAAGAUAGCAUGUGCAAGGUGGCUGGACAAGACGAAAGAAAUGAGAGCCCAAGAGCAGGAAGAGAAAGGAAAUCGACCAUAUAAUGUCACAAAGGUCACCGUCACAGUUGAGCUAGACAGCCUCCCCCAAAAAACUGAAUCCAUCGAGUCGUACGUCUCCACCGGUAAACCUGCGAGGGCCAGCGAUGACGAGCCGCCAAAGUCGAAAGGUCCAAGUUUGAGGAUCUCAUAUGUUACCGGCGAGGCAGGUUGGAAGCCUCGCUACGAUAUAAGAUUGGAUUCAACUUCGGAGACCGCCCUCCUGACGUACCGUGCCGAAUUCACAAACAACACCGGAGAGACAUGGACCGAUGCGGCGGUCACGCUGUCAACCAGCCAGACCUCAUUCACGGGGCUGGAGGACAAGGUUCCCUGGCUGGAUUCCUGGAGAAUGAAUCUCCGAAAAGAUGCGGGUGCUGGUGGGGGAUCUCUUGCGCAUGAAUUAUAUUCCACAAAGGAAAAACAGAUGAAACGAAAUCUAAAGCGAAAGAGAGGACCCAACCCGCCACCGCCGCAUCAGAGUCAAUUCAAGAGGCUCAACACGGGUGAACGGUGCCGCAGGGUGUUCCUCGAUAUCGAAGCCGAAGUAGACAGCGAAGAAGAUGAAGACAACGAUGACGACGACGACGACGACGACGACGACGACACAAUCGACAUCCCCCGCAAGAUGGGUCUCGCCCUCAGCAAAUCCGAGUCCUACGGCCUCACCACCACCUACGAUCUCCCCGGCGCGCGCACCAUCCCCCACUCACGCCGGGCACGCCGCCACGUCAUCAAGGAGCUCACCCUCCCCAACGUCAAGUUCUCGCACGUCUCCGUGCCCAAGCUCCAGGCCGCCGCAUUUCUCAAGGCCAAGAUCACAAACUCGUCCAGCAUCUCGCUGCUGCAGGGCCCCUGCGGACUCACAGUCGAUGGGUCGUUCUUGGGCAACACAACCGUGGGGAGAUGUGCGCCUGAUAGCACGUUUGAGCUUAGUCUGGGUAUUGAUGAGGAGGUGCUGAUCUCGUACCGGACGCCGGUCAGGAAGAUGGCUAGCCAGGGGAUGCUCUCGAGAGAGCAGGUGGCCACUUAUGAGCGCUCGGUCAGAGUGCACAAUUCCAAGAGGAAGAAGAUUGAGGUUCUCCUGUUUGACCAGGUGCCUGUGAGUGAAGAUGAGAGACUCAAGAUUGCGCUUCUCGCCCCGAAGGUGCGCGAGGUGGGGCUCAUGUCGGCUGUGAGCGUUAGGAGCACAGGAGGGAAGGAGCUCACGGUGGAUAGGCUAUUGAAGAAAGGUGGAGAGAUUAGGUUUGUUGUGUCGUUGGAUAAAGGGGAUAGUGUUGUAUUGCCUGUGGAGUAUGAGGCGAGAUUUCCAAUCGGCGAACACAUCACAGAGGUGGACUAUGCGGAUGAUGGGGGCUACAUUUCUAUGUAG